GCGCUGUUCGCUAAGUUGGGUGUACAAGUUCGAAAAACGUAUCUACUCGUACUUAAUUUUUUUAAAACAUCGUUAUGAGUGCAAUAUCCUGUAUAAUUAUAAUGCUUACAACAGCAGCGGUGCAUGUUCCGAGUCCUUGUAUCGCACAAGUUGAGCUGUCUAAUAUGUGGAACUGGUUAAUGGUUGAGUGCCGUUCAUCCACCGCGUUCUGUUUAUUCCGCUGCAUAUUCGGGAAGAUGGAAAUUAUCGUAGACGAUCAACAAUUCGAGGACGGUUGGUACCAGGAAAGGCGUGUUGUGGAAUGGAUGAGGUUCCCGGUGGAUGUUGGAUUAAUCAAGCGAAAGGACGCUGACAAAGUCGCAGAAAUAUGCAGCCGUGUAAACAAGAUUCGUACUACGGCCUGCCGUAAAGGUGAAAUUGUGCGACAAUGUCUGCUUGACGAACUACAUAAGAUAUUAAGUAAUAAAGACAACGGAAACGAGAUGGAGCCCGGAAAGGAAUGCGUGAUAACACCCGAAACAUUAAAGGUGGUUGAAGAAAAUUGCCGCAAAAUAACAAACGAGACUUGUGUCAAACUGUGUAUAAUGAAGAAAUUAGGAGUUAUAGAUGAGCGCGGAUGGUAUGUGGAGAGUAAAGGGACAGAAUUCAUAAACAGUAUAUUUCCUACAGAUGUAAUCAUAGACAACCAAGAAUCAAUAUUCCAGCAAAUAGCUCAAACAUGCAACCGUGUAAACAAUCAUGUCAGCAAUAACUGUCAUCGAGGUGAAGAAGUGGCAAAUUGCUUAAAUGAAGAAAUGGAGAAGGUAAGCUAA